CAUAUCAAACAUCAACAGAUUCCUGGUAAAGGAUUAUAGGCACGUGGCUGCUGGUGUGUAAUCUUUUGAGGGAUUGUCUGCUUAUCCCUGUUCCUGUUAGCGCCCACAACAACCGAGCAUUAUGACACUGACCCCAUCGGUAUGCAUGGGAAUAGUGCUUAUUCUACAGGGUGCCACAGGCAGUUUUGGCGCAUCCCAGCAUCUGCGCACCACCAACGUGGAUGGGGCAUAUGGAAAAUGGAAUGCAUCGAGUAUACCCUUCUGCAUUGAUUUGGAUUACUCCGCGACAGAAAAGUCAACAAUUCAGCAAGCUAUCCAGAUCAUGACGGAUGCCCUGUCCAAUAAGAUGGUAUUCACUCCUGUGGACUGCACGGAUAGUCGCUAUAAGAUCCGCUUUACGGCGCUGACCGGCGGACCAGGCAGCGCCAACCGCACCUCCUCAUCCAGUGAUCCCGGGGUCAAUCGGGCGCUCCAGACCACCCAGACCGAGCAGAUGAUAGCCAUCGCCCGUGACAGUCUGAGCUGCUCCACCGAUGUCCACUGCGUCCUCAAGUUCAUCGCCAUCAGUCUUGGCAAACGGGAGGAACAACUGCGCAAGGAUCGCGACCUGUAUAUUACCCUGAACCUCAGCAACGCUGUUACUCCGAGCCUCUUUACCGUUUACACGGACUCGCAGGCGUACUGGGGCCGGUUCGGCUACGACUACUGCAGCAUAACGCAUAACCAACCAACGGAUUACGCCAAACCCGGCACGGUGGUCUUCACCGUCCCUGCGGGCAGGCCUAACAGUCCGGGCUGUAUACCGAAACUCAACAACAUCAGCAACACCGACUGCCAGCUCAUCAGCAUGUUUUACGGUCUCAACCCGGGUUUAUGCCUGCCGUUGAACUGUGCCGCCCAAUCGUGCGUGACCACUACGACCGCAACGACGACAACCACACCCCUAACGACCACACCGACAACUACAACUGCCUCGACAACCACCGGGACGUCCACUGACACCACAACGUUAACGACAAUCUCGACAACGACGGCGUUGACGACGACACCGACGACCGACACAAUCACGGCUGUGACGUGUCCAACGGCGGCGACAGCUCCAACGACAACCGUGCCCCCGACAUGUUCCGUUAACUUUUGCGCCACGCCCACUCCGACCAUCGACGAGGCGAGCAUUUUGUGGAACGACAAGUAUUACAUGUUUUCUGGUGACUGCGCCGUACAGAUCGACAUCACCAACAAGAUCAUUGGCCCAUCGGUGCCUGUCAGCUAUGUUCUGCCGGGGGUCACCGGUCCUGUGCGCUCCAUCUGGACGGACCAAAAGUAUCAGAUCACGCGUGUCCGCACCGAUACAGCACAGUACAACUGCUGGGCAUCCGGCUGCUUUCCCGUGUCGCCGAUGGUGGACGAUACACGCAUCCGAUGGGAGUUUAUUCGCACCGAUUACACCGGCGCUAUUUCCACGGUCCGCCCGUACACCACGUACUCGUUCGAUGCGGAUAUUUCGGCUUAUGAACCGGAUGAUGGGGGCUUUCUGGUAUCGACGUCAUCAUUGUGUGUCAUUACCAAUAACUGCAAGAUCACACAGGGAUGGAAUGCCGCUUACAUGGUAAAAGGCGCCGGCAGUAUGAACUAUGUCAACGUAAUCGGCAUCGGUGACGACGGCAACCAGUACAUCGAAUCCCUGUUCUGGGCUGACACCGAUGUCUACGUUUUCUUGACAAAUGGGGAUCUGCUGUCCAAAUCCCUCCAGUGUCCAAGCCCGUAAUAAUACCGAUCUAGACAAACCCGGGGAUCCGAACUCCGAAUUACGACCCAACAGAUGUUUUUAAUGGCAGUCACCACCAUAACAUUCCUGUUAACGACUGCUGCGUAAUUUUCGGUCAUCCUGACAGCUGUAAAUUUAGAUGUUGACAAAAUGUUCUAAUAAACUGGCCAAAUUCGGGUACCAUACUACGCAGUAUUUGUACGUACCAUACACGGGCAAAGCCUUAUUUGCUGUGCGGAUAGUGUCAUCGCUUUAAUUAGAAAAAU